AUGACUUCAAAACCCGAUGGAGGAAGGCAACAGGCAACACUGGCGGACCAAUCCGAACUCAACCUUCCAACAACAACCGUGGACCCUACCAAACCCUUCACCCCGAUCCGAAAUAACCAACCUUGGAAGAUUGCUGCAUCAGGACGUGGCGAACCACAGAGGGGUGGCAGAGACGUAGCGACAGUACAGUGCUAUAACUGUCAGGCUAUGGGCCACUACAAACGAGAAUGCCCCCAACCCCCGAGGGAGAGAACUGGAAGCUUUGGAGGCCAGAAGGCUCAACAGCCAGGACAAGCCGGAUUUGGGAAGCAAAACCCCGGAGGUCCAUCACAGCAGCUGAACGGGCAGAACAAGGGGAAGCAGCCUUUGGGAACCCAACAGAACACUAGAGGGCACAUCUUUGCGCUACAAACUGAAGAGCAGGAACAGGAUCCUUCUGUGAUCCAAGAAAUAGCCAACCUACGUCUGACCUGCGAUCUUAGAGUGAUCGAUAUCGCGGAUUUCGACGUUAUCCUUGGAAUGGACUGGCUAUUAGCUCACCGAGCGGUCAUAGACUGCCAUCAGAAAAUGGUGACGGCUCAUACCUCCGAAGGAACUCAUUUCCGUUUUAAGGGGGAUAGACAAACGGAGGAGCAUGAGGAACACCUUCGGAUAGUGCUACAAGUACUCCGAGAUAGCCAACUUUAUGCCAAGGCAAGUAAAUGUGAGUCUUGGCUAGACGUGGUUAAGUUCUUGGAGCACGUAGUAUCCAAGGAAGGAAUCGCGGUGGACGAAAGCAAAGUCGAAGCAGUGCUAAAUUGGAAACACCCGACCUCGAUGUUUGAAAUCAGAAGCUUCCUAGGAUUGGCUGGAUAUUACCGGAGAUUCAUAUCAGAUUUCUCGACCUUAGCCAAACCCAUGACUAGGCUGACUCAGAAAGGAAUGAAGCUGGAUUGGAAUGAAGCCUGCGAGAAAUCUUUUCAAGAGUUGAAGAAGAGACUGACCAGUGCACCGAUACUCAUCAUUCCCGAGCGGGGUGUAAAUUAUACGGUUUACUGCGAUGCGUCAAGAGAUGGCUUGAGAUGUGUGCUGAUGCAGAACGGAAAGGUUGUAGCCUACGGAUCACGACAACUCCGACCCCACGAGAAGAACUAUCCCACCCACGACUUAGAAUUAGCUGCAGUAUAUCACCCUGGCAAGGCCAAUGUGGUAGCUGACGCUCUAAGCCGAAAGGAGAAGGCGCAAAAGGUCAAAACAACCAUUAAGGAAUGGGAGAUGGUAGAUACUCUCAACGAGUUCAACCUGCGACCGUCGUCAAAAAAUGGGAACGCUCGAUUGUACGCUUUAGUUGCGGAACCAACACUUCACCGAGAAAUAUUACUGGCCCAAACCUCUAAGCAGGACUGUGAGUUCAUCCAGUAUCGAAUCCGAGCAGGAAAGGCGCUACCAGGAUGGACAAUCGAGAAGGAUAACAGCCUGAAAUUCAAGGGAAAGGACGUACUGGUGGGAAGGAAUGAAGAAGGACAUAGCCCGAUUCGUGCUACCUGUCUAGUGUGCCAGCAAGUUAAGGCUGAACACCAGAAACCUGGAGGAGACCUUCAACCAUUACCAAUUCCAACCUGGAAAUGGGAGCACAUCUCAAUGGACUUUGUGACUGGACUACUGAGAUCUGCCAAAUCCAACACUGCAAUCUGGGUGAUUGUGGAUCGACUCACCAAAUCUGCGCAUUUUCUGCCUAUGAAAAUGACGGAGAACGUGGAGCAACUGAGCCUGUUGUACAUUCGAGAGAUUGUACGCCUUCAUGGAAAAGGAUUACAGAAAGCUUUGGGAACAGACGUAAGGCUUAGUACAGCCUUCCACCCCCAAACAGAUGGACAAACAGAGAGGACAAUACAGACAUUGGAGGACAUGCUGAGAGCCUGUGCCCUGGAUUUCUUCGGAAAUUGGGAACAGCACCUACCCUUGGUGGAGUUUGCCUACAACAACAGCUACCAAGUAAGUAUUGGGAUGGCGCCAUACGAAGCUCUCUACGACCGACCUUGUCGAUCCCCAGUCUGCUGGACAGAUACUGGAGACAUGGGAUUAAUUGGACCUGACAUAGUGCGGGAUACCACAGAGAAGAUCAGACCGAAGAAGGGAGUCAUCAGAUUUGGGAAGAAGGGAAAACUAUCCCCACGCUACAUCGGACCCUUUGACAUUGUAGAGAAGAUUGGGAAGGUUGCGUAUCAUCUAGCCCUGCCACCGCAGCUAGACAAAGUUCAUAACGUAUUUCACGUUUCGAUGCUUCGCAAGUACCUCGCCUUACCCACCCAUGUUCUCAAUUGGGAAGACAUCACCAUCAAGGACGACGCGACAUAUGAAGAGGAACCCAUAGAGAUUCAAGACCGAAGUGAGAAGAUAAUCCGAAACAAGACCAUCAAAUUGGUAAGAGUUCUGUGGAAGCACCGUGGAUCUGGAGAAAUCACAUGGGAAAGAGAAGAGACCAUGAAAGCAAACUACCCUCACCUGUUCGAAUCCGAGCAAUUUGGGGGCGUUACAUGGGAAGCUCCUCCAGAUAGGAUGGUCUUGAUGAUGUAUGGCCCUGACCACUUUGGCCAGAACUUUCCUCGUGAAUCAUAA